ACAAAUUACCAUAGUUGUUUUUGGGGUUUUAGCCUUCAGGCUUUCCACUUUCAUCUUCCUUCUCUUCGCCAAAUAAAUUAAAUUAAAUUAAAUAUCGAAUACACCUGAAUCGAAAUCGUCACAAAAAUGUCUCUAGGCUACGCUCAGAAGCUCUCCUACAAAGAAGAUGUCGGCUCCGUCGGAAUGCCCGAGUUUUUUGACCCGAACCGUUUGCUCCAACAGAAGAUUGAAAAACUUGCGCUGAUGAUAGAGAAGAGUAAGCACUUGGUGGCAUUCACUGGUGCAGGAAUAUCAACUUCUUGUGGGAUACCUGAUUUUCGUGGGCCUAAAGGGGUUUGGACACUUCAACACGAAGGGAAAGGUGUGCCUGAAGCAUCAUUGCCAUUUGAUCGGGCCAUGCCAAGUGUUACACAUAUGGCUUUGGUUGCUUUGGAAAGAGCUGGUAUUCUUAAGUUUGUCAUCAGCCAGAAUGUCGAUAGUUUGCAUCUUCGAUCCGGAAUUCCUAGGGAGAAACUUUCUGAGUUGCAUGGGAACUCGUUCAGGGAAGUUUGCCCUUCAUGUGGAGCAGAGUAUUUGCGGGAUUUUGAGGUGGAGACUAUUGGGUUGAAGGAGACACCAAGACGUUGUUCUUCCAUGAACUGUAGGUCAAGACUUAGAGAUUCUGUUCUUGAUUGGGAGGAUGAGUUGCCUCGAAAAGAAAUGAAUUUGGCAGAAAAGCAUUGCCUGGUGGCUGAUCUUGUGUUAUGCUUAGGGACCAGUUUGCAGAUAACUCCAGCAUGCAACCUUCCUUUAAAGUCUGUCCGUGGCGGGGGAGAAAUUGUAAUUGUCAACCUUCAGCAAACUCCAAAAGAUAAAAAAGCAAAAUUGGUGAUUCAUGGUCUUGUUGACAAGGUAAUAAUGGGGGUAAUGCAAAUUCUUAGCAUGAGGAUUCCUCCAUAUGUUCGAAUUGAUCUCUUCCAAGUUAUUUACGGCUGCAAUUCAGGGAGUAAAUAUGCAAGAUGGACGAUUAAAGUCUGUAGCGUACAUGGAGAAAGUGCCCCUUUGCCGUUUAUAAAGUCAGUCGAGGUUUCAUUCCCUGAGAGACCAGAACUGAAAACAGCCUUGCUACAGCAGCAGCCAUUUUCACUGAAAAGAGAACUGAUCAGAUCAAGACCAGUUAAAGUGGUACUGAAGCUUAAUUUAAGUGAUGGAUGUGCUUGUCGUUUCACCACUGUGGAGUUACUAGUUGACUUUGAGGCUACUACUGACUACUUUACUCAAGAUAAGAAUGUUGUGUUUGAGAAUCUUAGAGACACAGCCAUACAGUCUGAAUGCUGCGGUCAGUUAUCCGUUGUUGAGAAGAAAAUGCUUCCUGCCCCUAAAAAGGAAAGCAUGACAUACGCCGUUGUCACAAAUAUUACUGAGUAUACUGGUGUUUCCACAAGCAGUCCACUAUUCAAGGUCAAUUGCAAAGGAAAACGGGGGAGUAGAAAGAAGUUAUCCGGUGAUGGCAAAGUGGUGGUGAAGAAGCACGAAGACCUAAUUUCUGCUGAAACGCCUUUCAAGAAAGUAAGAGCUUGUUGAUACAUGCUUAAUGGAGUACAGGUGUUCUGCAGUUUGAACCACAUAGAGGAAAUCUUUUGAAUCUUCUUGGUACUGCACUUAAAGAUAGCAUGAAAAGAGUUCGCAGAAUAUUCACGACUGAUCUUGUCCACUAGCUGUAAGUUAUCGCCUAUAACAAGGUACCAAGAGAGGACGCAUGGUACCAUUUCCCAUCUAUGUGCAGAACUGAAGUUGUUUUGAAAUAGUAAAAGGGAUUCUAGUGAGGCAAAGGUAUUUUGUAUAUAUUAAUUAAUGUUCCUUAUCCUUCAAAUCUCAAUUUCGAUGUGUUUUUUUGUUUGUGCUCA